CCCGGACUGAUGGGGAAAUGCCGUCGACCACGCACUGCCUUCACCAGCCAGCAGCUCCUGGAGUUGGAGAACCAGUUCAAGCUCAACAAGUACCUGUCCAGGCCAAAGCGUUUCGAGGUGGCCACAUCCCUCAUGCUGACUGAGACCCAGGUGAAGAUUUGGUUCCAGAACCGAAGGAUGAAGUGGAAGCGAAGCCGCAAAGCCAAGGACCAGGCGGCCCAGGAAGCUGAGAAGCAGCGGGGAGCCAAGUACUCGGAGAAGCCAGGAGGGGGCGAGAGCAGGUCGGAGGGGGAGAGCGUAGAUUUCACCAGCAGCCACACCACAAACUUUCUCAAGUGCACCACAGAACUGGGCUACUCAUCCAACAGCUCCUGCUCGGAAGACGAAGUGACUCGGAAAGAAGUGAAGACCUCCCCGGCUUUGUGAACUACAUUUUGUUCGCUGAACUUUCGGGAACAAACUCGCGUUAGCCAAAAAAAAAAGAAAAAUCUUUCUUUCCAAAAGGUCUCCAGACGUUUACACUCCUCCGUGAUGCUGGGUCCUAGUUCCUGCCUCGUUUGCUCUCCAGUACUAAAAAAAAAGUACCGAGGUUUCGUUAAAAGUUCAACAAACGAUACAAAAACAACUCAGUGACUUCUACAAACACAAAUAACACUGAACAAGCGAUUGAAACAAAUUAAAAGAGGCAGGCGUGGACUGGCCGGGCACUUCGUUGAAGAUUAUAUUGUACCCAGUUAAUUUAAUUUAUUUUUUUUUUUUUUUCAUAUUUAAUGUGAAUUAUUAUAUAUAUUUUGGGAAGAAAUCUCUGGGUCCAUGAGUGGCUGCUGGUUGGACGAAUCUAAAGGACGAAACAAGUGGGAGUGUAAAAUAAGAAUGAAAGAUACACUUUAAAAGUGAACAAGAAACGUCUUGGGAGAGGAGAGGCGAUUUCGAAGGCUUUUGCAACGUGCUUUUAUUUUAAUUUAUUCGAAGGUUUAAGUGUUUUUGUGGCUCUGUACCUUUCUCCAAUUCGCUUUGCAUUAAGGCAGCGUUCAGUCACACAAAAUAGACUGUCAGAAUGUCAAACAAGCAUGUACAAAGAUCCUAUAGCGGAGCAAGAUAGACCACUCCUGCUAAAUGCAAUGGGCUGACGUGUAGUACGCAACGGAGCAGAACGUGGGCCUUUUUUUCAUCCAUUUCCGUAACGCAACCCGACCUGACUCGCAGUGUGAUCAAAGUUGUGGGGGAACAGUUUGUGUUAAUAAAUUUAAAUUCUGAAAAUGGGGAGAAGAUUUUUACCAAAUAACUUUUGAUUUUUACGAGGAUGUUUCCGUAACCUGCUUCCGUCUCCGCACUAGUAUCUUUGCUCCACGAUGGGAUCUUUGGUGCGGAGACGGAAGCCGGUUACGGAAAUGGGGCCGAAAAUUACCCAUGAAUCUGCCCAUGACCGUACUACGUCUUUUUCGUCAAGUGGACUAUCUUGCUCGCUAUAGGAUCUUUGCGCAUGUAUAUGAGUGUGGUUGUGUGCGUGUGUGUGUGGGUGUAUAGGGGGGUUGCACGUAAGGUCAUCGGGUCAAAGGACGUGACGCAGGGAGCAGCUCCUGGAGGACAUGGCUGCCUCGGCACACACUGUUAACCCACGGAACGCGUACCUUCUUACCUGUUUAAAACACGCCAAAAUUGUCAUUUUUUGCGCUAUAAAUAUUUGUGGGUGCUGUCAUUGAAAGCGGGAAGGUUUCAGUAUCUUUGCUCUGAACCCGAGCACCAAGGUGUAAGAGGCCGAAGGAGCGCAUCCCAUUCGGGACAGCCCCCAUUCUCCCCCCCCGGGGUCAGCGCUGUACAGGCCGCGGCCGCUCUCCAUCCCGUCUCCCUCUGUGGGCUGCACUGUCACGGGCUGUGGGGCGGCAGCACCCACAGAUGGGGCCAGGUAGAGCUGGGCCUGGA